AUGUCGAGUAGCUUGGGAAGUUUCUCAGGAAGGAGUAGCUCGGCAUGUAGCUCCAGAAGUGAUGGCGAGAACUCGUUUGAUGCUGACGAACUUCUGCAGAUAGGGACUAGGCGUAGGGAGCUAAGGAAAGAAAAGGACAUGCUGAACAAAUCGCAGCCCCAUAGUAUCGAACUAGUCAGAAGGUUGGAACUCCAGACGAAGUCAUUAUCAGAAUCUCGCUUAGAAGACACAGCAAGAAUUCGGACGAUGGAGAAAGAUUUGUUGAAUUGCUAUAAAGAAAUUGAUUACUUGCGAGAUCAACUAAUUUUCAGAAGCAAGGAAGUGAACUAUCUCAAUGAACAUGUGCACGAGCUUGAGUUGAAAUUGGCCGAGUCAGGGAACUUGGAAGAAGAAGUUAAUUGUCUGAGAGAGGAGCUGUGUAUGUCGAAAUCCGAGCAUUUGUUGCUGUUUCAAGAACUCGAGAGCAAAGAAACAGAGCUGCAGUGUUCGUCUCUUUCCAUAGAGAAACUGGAGGAGACCAUCUCAUCCUUGACAUUGGAGUCCUUGUGUGAAAUAGAAAGCAUGAAGCUUGAUAUAACAUCGUUGGAGCAAGCACUCUUUGAUGCAAUGAAAAUCCAAGAAGAAAGUGUUCAAGAAAAAGAUCAGUUGAGAGGAAUAAUCAAAGAGGUCCAGUUUCAGUCUCAAGAGGCCCAAGAGAAUGUCAAGUUCUUUGAGAAGCAAAACAGAGAGCUGAGGGAGAGAAUUUCUGCCUCUGAGAAGAGUAUCAAAGAUUUUUUUCACAGUACCAAAGAACGGUUAGAAAGUAAAAUCGAACAACCUCUAGAUGCAGAGUGCUUCUUCGCUGAAUUGAGCCAUGUGCUUCCAGUGUCCAAUGAAGUUUGUGAAUGUUUCGAUGCAAUCAUCAAGAAACUAGAACUUUCCCGGAAUGUAAAUUUGAUUGGUAAAAUGGAGAGUAUGGAGAAACAGAUGCAGCAGCACGAAGAUCUUGUGAAGCGGCUAAAGGACGAAUUGAAAGAGGAGAAACUGAAGGCGAAGGAAGAAGCAGAAGACCUUACGCAAGAAAUGGCUGAAUUAAGGUAUAAGAUGACAUGUUUGGUCGACGAAGAACGCAAACGCCGUGUGUGCAUAGAACAAGCUUCAUUACAGAGAAUAGCAGAACUAGAAGCACAGAUCAAGAGAGAGAUGAACAAGCCCUCUUCCACUGAUAUGCUGCCUCUUUCCGUGUUAUGA